AUGGGCCUCCUGAACGGCAUCCGCCUGAGCGCCCGCCGCCUCCUCCGCUCCCGCCCCUUCCGCAACCUCGCCCUCAUCGUAACCCUCUACGUCCUCCUCGACGCCCUCCGCUACCAGCGCCGCGUCACCUCGGCCCCGCGCCACGACCCCUCCCGCCCGCGGCGCGCGGAGCGCAUCUACAUUGCAGGAAUGCACUACAACGACGCCUCCGUGAUCCGGACACACUGGAAUAAAGCUGUGCUAGACCUCGUCGAGGCGCUUGGGCGCGAGAAUGUCUAUGUGUCGGUGUACGAGAGCGGGAGCUGGGACGAUACCAAGGCGGCGCUGAGGGAGCUGGACGGGGUGUUGGAGAAGAGGGGGGUCAGGAGGAAUGUGGUGCUUGACGAGAGGACGCAUGCGCAGGAGGUGGAGGAUGUUCCUGCGGAGGGGGAGGAGAGGGAAGGGUGGGUUACGACGCCGAGGGGGAAGAGGGAGAUGAGGAGGAUACCGUUUCUUGCGAGGUUGAGGAAUUUGACGUUGCGGGAUUUGUGGAAGUUGGGGGAGGAGGGGGAGAUGUUUGAUACGGUGCUCUUUUUGAAUGAUGUUGUGUUUACGACCGAAGACGUCCUCGCGCUGCUCGACACCAACGGCGGCAUCUACGCCGCAGCCUGCUCCCUCGACUUCGCCCACCCGCCCUCCUACUACGACACCUUUGCGCUGCGCGACUCGGCGGGCCAAGCGACGCUGAUGCAGCGGUGGCCGUACUUCCGCUCCGAGGCGAGCCGCGCCGCCAUGAUGGCCUACUCGGACGCCGUGCCCGUGCGGAGCUGCUGGAACGGGAUCGUGGCGAUGCCGGCGGCGCCGUUUUUGGCGAAUCGGCGGGGCGCGGCUGGAGGUAUCAAGAGGCUUGCGUUCCGCGGGGUGGACGAUUCGUUGGCUGAGGAGGCGCAUCUCGAGGCGAGCGAGUGUUGUCUCGUUCAUGUGGACAAUCCGUUGUCGGAGCAGUUGGGGGUGUUUGUGAAUCCGAGGGUGAGGGUCGGGUAUUCGCCUGCUGCGUAUGAGGCUGUGAAUCCGGGUGGUGGCAGGCGUUGUUGGCUUUCUGUGUGGAGGAUUGUGGUUGGGGUUUGGGAGGGACGGGUGAGGCGGGUGUUGACGAGUGAGAGGGUUAAGGAGUGGGUUGUGAGGAAGAGGUUGAACGAGUGGGAAGCUCGCGGUGGUGGUGACCAGAAGAUGAGGAGCGAGAAGGGGGUUGAUUGUUUGAUAAAUGAGGGGCAGGUGCUUGUGUACAAUGGAUGGGCUCACGUAUGA